GACGUCAUUUAUAUUUUCUGAAAAAAAAUUUACCUACGUAUUUCUCACGAAAAACUGUUUUUUAAACGAAUAUCAUCGCUAAUAUGGAGGAAAAUCAAGUUCUCACAACUUUGAAGAUACUUAUCAUAGGCGAGAGUGGCGUAGGGAAGUCAAGUUUACUGCUCCGUUUCACAGAUGACACAUUUGAUCCAGAGCAAGCUGCAACUAUAGGUGUGGAUUUUAAAGUAAAAACUCUUUCAGUUGAUGGAAAUAAAGCUAAGCUAGCAAUAUGGGAUACUGCUGGUCAAGAGAGGUUCAGAACACUAACUCCAAGUUACUACAGGGGUGCCCAGGGAGUCAUCUUAGUGUAUGAUGUGAGUAGUAAACAGAGUUUUACUAAACUAGAUGCUUGGCUGAGUGAGCUUGAAACAUUCGCAACCAAACAUGAAAUCGUCAAAAUGUUAGUCGGAAACAAAAUAGACAAGGAUAAGAGGGAAGUAAGCCGGGAUGAAGGACUUAAGUUUGCCAGAAAACACCAUAUGUUGUUUAUAGAGGCCAGUGCCAAGACUAAAGAGGGAGUGCAAUGUGCCUUUGAAGAACUAGUUGAAAAAAUUAUACAGACCCCUGGCCUAUGGGAAACAGACGGCAGAGAGGGUGUGCGACUAGGAACUAAUGAUGGUCAAUCACAGCAAGGAGGUUGCGCUGGUUAUUGUUCUGUUGUAUAGCAAAGGAGACAUUAUCUGCAGUAUAGAAUUUAACAUAUGUUGGGGGUACAUCAGAUACAGUAAGAUUUGUACAUGUUCGCAUUUUUGACAAAGGAAUAUCUGCACAUGUGAAUAUCUUUACCUGUGAACACUUUAUAUGGGAACAACUAUACAUGGGAAAACCUGUACCCUCUACAUGUGAACACCUUAACACAUAAACAGUUUUACAUGAAUACAUUUACAUGAGAAUACCUGCGCAUUGACAACAAUGUGAUAAUGAACACCUUGAAGUCGGGAGAAGUGUUUUAAUUGUAAUGAGGUCCAUUCCAAUACUGCAAUUUGAAACUACAAGUUUUAUUAUUGAUCAAGAUGGUGAUUCAGUCCAUUGAUU